AUGUUUAGAAGAUCUGUUGCUGCCCAAAUCCUUAACGCUCUCGUUAGCCAAUCGUUUCAAGAUUCCUGUCGAGCCUCUCUAUCUCGCUUAACGCCCAUGGUAUUACUUCAGCUUUUUCCAAGGAUGGAUGGCAUAGCCUCAAAAGGCAAUCUCAUACUUGAUUGUUGCCACCAUGUUGAGGAUCCCAAAUACGUUUCAUUAGGUACGUGCGUUUUUAACAGCAGAAGAACUGGAAAUCUGAUGUUUUCAUUGGCUGCUUUACUAUUUGUUUCAGAAAACACAGGUCGAAUCCCAAUCCUGCCAUCCUACAUGCUGCAUGGCUGGAUUGAUGAAUAUUUCAAUACCUCAUCAAUUAAAAAAAUUCCGAAUAACUUCAUUUACGACGCUAACGAAAGUAUUAUUUUAACAGAAAGAUAUGGACCUUUAGCAUACGAUCCUAUUUUUAAAAACCCUCACGCCAAUUCAUCUAUUAGGAACAUAAAAAUACUAUUGAUAUGCGGAUAUUUUCAAAAUUAUUACUACGUAAGAAAUGUGGAGAAAUCACUAAAAACCCUGUUCCAAUUUCACUCCGCUACAAAAUCAAAUGUAUCGCACUUUAUUAAUCACCACAAGUCACUUGUCAACAAGAGUUAUCAAAAUAUAAAAACUGUCGGCGUGCACGUUAGAAGAACUGAUUUUUUAACAAUCGAUAAUCAAAGGCAGGGAUUGACAGUGAUAGACGAGAACUACGUAAAUUCAACAGUACAUUUUUUUCUCAAUUAUUUGGUUGCUAAAGGUGCCGAUUUUAUUAUAUUUUUUGUUGCUUGCCAAGAUUACGCCUGGGUCAAUUCAACCAUUUAUAAAUUAAACAUUACACAAAUUUUCACCAACGUCAGAUUUGUCCCUUCCACAAAUAAUAAUGGUCCUUUUGACAUGUGCUUGAUAUCAAUGUGUGAUGGAGUUAUCACAUCUACGGGCUCAUUUUCUUGGUGGGCAGGUUGGUUAGCUAACACGACAACUACAUAUUAUACUGGUUACCCAAAAAAUGGCUCUGAAAUAGCAAAAUACUUUGAUAGAAGAACGUACCAAAAGCCAGACUGGAUAGGAUUCACUUAA